AUGGCAAGAGUAUGGUUUGGAACGCUCUGGACGGGAUCAAUUGAUAGCUUUGAAGAGUUAGCCAGGCAAUUCUUAACACAAUUUAUGCCCAACAGGAGGCGUAGGUGCCCAGUGGCACACCUCUUGACUGUCAAACAAAGGGAAGAUAAGAGCCUAAAGACAUACCUCACCCACUUUAAUAAAGAAAGGUUAACGACAGAUAACCAAGAUGAGAAGAUAACUCUAGCCGCCCUGUUAGGUGAGAUCUGGCCACGCAAUCCGUUCAUGGCUGAAUUGGAUAGAAAGACCCCCUCUACCCUGAGAGAGUUCUUGGAUAGGGCGGAUGACUUCGUCAACCCUGAAAAUACAUUAAAGGGUCUUGUAGAGCUAAUGAAAGGGGAGUUGAAGGCGAAACACAAGGGUAGUUUGGGAGACAAGAAAGUUGCACCGAACCACUAA